AUGCCUGAAGUGAUACAUGUUGCCAUCGUUGGAGCAACUGGGACAAUGGGCUCGAGCAUUGUGCCUUGUCUCCUCGGCUCCAAAGACCCUGUUUUUGAGGUCACAGCUUUGGUCCGCCCGGACAGUUCGAAAGCAGCAGAAGCAGCGAAACUCCAGGGCGUUCAUCACAUCGUUGCGGUCGAUCUCAUUGGGCCCCAGGAUGAUCUCGUUUCCUCUGUAGAGGGUAUCGACUGCGUGAUGUGCAUUCUACCGCCACACUGCACCAUGCAACAGAUCCCCCUGGCGGACGCUGCCUUGAAAGCCAAGGUCAAGCGGUUCGUUCCCAAUAUGUGGUCAACGCCGUGCCCGCCAAAGGGCGUGAUGAAGAUCCGGGAGUGGAAAGAGGACGCCGUAAAUCAUCCCAAGAAGAUACAUAUGCCCUACACGGUAGUUGAUAUCGGAUACUGGCAUGAGAUCAUGAUUCCACGCAUCGAAUCAGGGAAACUCGACCACCGCGCGCUCUAUCCGACCUUCUUCUUCGUGGACGAGGGCUCAGCGCCCUGCGCAACCACUUACCUUCCCGAUGUUGGGCGAUAUGUUGCGCGCAUCAUAGCUGACCCGAGGACGCUGAAUCGCAUGGUCUUUGCGUACGGGGAAGUCACCACCCAGAGAGCAGCACUGGACACGGUCGAACGCCUCAGCAGGGAGAAAUGCCCGUUCAAGGCGGUGACAUAUGAGCAAGUCGCGGCGACCGUCCGGAGUGGCGGACUGGAUUUGUGGUCGCAGGUCAUACUCGAGUAUGUCUACAGCUCUUGGGCAAGGGGAGACAAUGAUCCUCGGUGGGCGGAAUUUCUGGGGUACCUGGACGCGAAGUCUCUGUAUCCGGACCUGGAGGCUCAUACACUGGAGCAGUCCAUUCGUGAUGCUCUGGCCCAUCCUGAACCGAUAGAUCGGAUCUGUGUUGGAACCAAGGAGACCGCAGGGGCUUAG